CUGCGAACCAAGAAGGUAGGUCUGAAUGACUUCUUCUUCAGCCGACACGUCCCGACCGUUACCAGUCUCCGCUGCAGUUAUAGAGAGAGACAGCAAACCGUCGCCCACUUCCUCCUGCACUGUAGCAGGCAUAAGGACCUCUGGAACCGCAUCUUCGCCAACCUAUCCGGACGAAACAGCCUUAGAACGAUUCUGAGC